UUUCACUCCACAGAUCGGUGUUCAUCACUUCAGUAUCUCAUGCUUUGACAUGGUAUUGAUAGAACUUCACUAGUUCAGGGUGCACUCACAGGCUGCAUCUAUACCAAUAUGGAUCAGUACUUGCAUCAACGAGCACUUGACGUGGCUGAUGAGCUACUCGCUCACACUGAAUCUAAACCUACAGCUUAUCUGGUCGCUGUACUCUGGCAUGACAUUCCAAAGCCAGUCACCAAUAUUGCUCGCGAUUCCUUCAUGUUUGUGAAGUGCGUUGGUAAGACAACACUUGCAAAGAUUAGCGACGCAUACCUUCUUAGAGAGGAAGCUCCGUCUGAAGUAUCUCUGCAUAUGGAUUCCAUCGUCCCACCAGCAACCACAAAGGUGUCAGAUUACGAUCACUUUGGUGACAAAGUGAUUGUCUUUCAGGCGCGUGCCGUCGAUCCAGUCCACACGACAAGCAGAAUAUCCGACGCGACGAACGGCAUGACUCUUUUGAGGGACUCAAUGCCUUUCAAAUCUUCACCUGCUCCUAUUUUCCAACAGAACAGAGUAGGAGCAAUGGGAAACACACUCUCUGCUGCUCAAUUCACAGGAGCGCAAAAUCCUGUCAGGCAACACAGCUCAUCAUCCCGACCAAGUGUUGAUCGUUCUGGAUUGCGUGCUGAUUCAUCAGGAAGAGCGCCUUCGUCAUCCAGUAGGUCUGGAUACACCCCAAACUCUCAAGUCGCAUCUCCUCUGGCAAAGUCUGCUCCUGUCCCUUCGACGCCCGGUACAGCACUACCUCCUCAAGUUCCGAUCAGUACGCAAGACCGGGACUUAGGCUCUGCUCGCUUUGCUCAGAAUUCGGGAUUGCCUUUCUCGUACGCACUCUCGCCUCGUGCACAGACCUCUCUGGCAUCUCAGAUCAGAGGAUCACCACAAACUCCUCGCGCAGGGACAACUCACAACAAAACCCACCAAGGCCAGCCCAAUGGUAACGGUCUCGCUGCACCAGCCACACAUACAGACAGUACCCAACCAACGAUUAAACCAGAGAUCUCAUUGCCAGCACCCCUGCCCUUGCAGCCUUUCGAAGACCACAAGAUGGGCAACGCAGGCAGUCUGCCUUCUGGCGAGGACUACGACGAUGAGCCCGUUCAGUACGUACAGUCAAGCGUUUAUCUGCAAGCUCUAGCCAAGGAAGAGUCGACCGAAAAACUCGAAGCUGGUGUUGAGCAAGGCAUCAAGCUACUUGAUCGCUUUGUGAAAGAGCUUGAACCUGGCAAGGAGACUGCAGACAUCCAGCAAUGGCUGCAGCAAAUUGACUUGGUUAGAAAAGAGGCGACCGGCGCUCGUACCGUCGUCGGUGUUGUCGGCAACACAGGCGCAGGCAAGAGCUCGGUGAUCAACGCCAUUUUGGAUGAGGAGCGUCUGGUCCCUACGAACUGCAUGCGAGCUUGUACUGCAGUCGUCACUGAGAUGUCCUGGAGCUCGAGCGAGGACGAAAAUAGCAGAUACUGUGCUGAGAUCGAAUUCAUCAAGCCUGCCGAAUGGGAGAAAGAGCUCCGAGUUCUCUUCGAAGAGAUCAUCGAUGGUAGCGGUAACAUCUCCAGAGAAGUUAGCAACCCAGACUCGCAGGCAGGCAUUGCCUACGCCAAGAUUCGCGCCGUCUACUGGCGGCUCACAAGGGAAGACUUGAUUGCAAGUUCGAUCGAGAAACUGAUGACCGAUCACUCCGUUCGUGGUCUCCUUGGUACUACCAAGUAUAUUAAGGAUCGUCAUUGCGACACUUUCUACAAGACUCUACAGCACUAUGUCGAUUCGAAAGAGAAGCCGGAGACCACCAAAGAGUCGGGCGAUGAAGAUGAGGACGAUGCAGAAGUGGACAAAGAGAAGAAGAAGAGAAAAUCAAGAAAGCGUGAGCAGGAGUUUUGGCCUCUGAUCAAGGUGGUUCGCCUCUUUGUCAAAGCCGAUGCUCUCUCGACCGGCGCCGUUCUAGUCGACCUGCCCGGUGUCGCUGACUCAAAUGCGGCUCGUGCUGCCGUGGCAGAAGGGUAUAUGAAGCAGUGUACUGGUCUCUGGAUUGUGUCUCCAAUCAACCGCGCUGUCGACGACAAGGCAGCCAAGAAUCUCCUGGGUUCCACGUUUCGGAGACAACUUAAGUACGACGGAACAUACUCUGCAGUAACCUUUAUCUGCAGCAAAACUGACGAUAUCUCGAAUACGGAGGCUGCCGACAGCUUGGGCCUCGGAGAUGAGAUCGAUCAGCUUGAGGACCAGCUCACAUCGAUUGGCAACCAACAAAAACGCGCCGAGAGAGAAGCUGCCAAACUCAGAGACGAGAAGGGCUCGCUGCGGGAGAUCAUGGACAACUGCGAUGACGAAAUCGAGAAGUGGGAAGGCCUUCAAGAAAAACUCAGUGACGGAGACACAGUUUAUGCCCCAGCAAGCACGACAAGAAAGCGCAAGCGCUCUUCGUCGAGCACAGACAGCGAAGACGAGAAUGUCAAAAGCGAUCCGUCUGACAACGAAUCACAGUCGUCAGAUCGUGGUUCACCGCUGACUGCCGAAGGCAUUGAGACGAAAAUCCAAGAAUUGAAAGAACAGAAGAAAACAGCUCGCCGUGGACGUCGCGAAAUCGAGGCUCAGAUCAAAGACCUGAAUGUGAAGAUCAAAGAGUGCAAAGCAGAUUUCCGGGGCAUUGAAGACAACAGAAGUCAGAUCUGCAUCGACGCUCGUAACCAGUAUUCCAAAUCCGCCAUCCAGGUUGAUUUUGCUGCGGGUAUCAAGGAGCUCGAUCAAGAAGCUCAAGCGGAAGAUGAUCCUGACACAUUCGACCCUGAGCAAGAUAUGCGAGACUAUGAAAAGGUUGCUAAGGAUCUACCUGUAUUUUGUGUCUCAAGCCGAGCAUACCAGAAGUUGUCUGGCAGGCUUGUGAAGGACAACGCCGUUCGUGGUUUUACUGAUGUCGAUCAAACUGAGAUCCCUGCUCUCAAGGCGCACUGUAAGAAACUUACCGAGAACGUCCGCUCCAUCAAGUCCCGUCGCUUCCUCACCCAAUUGAGUCAACUCCGCACCUCGCUCGCGCUUUGGGCUUCAAACGACGGCUCUGGCGCAAAGAAGACGGACCAGCAGAAAGAUGCUGAACAAAGAUUUCUGGCUCGGAAGCUGAAAGACCUCGAAAAAGCUCUGGAGAAGGACGUGAAUGAUACUCUGACCGAGAUGAAGGAAACCAUGAGCGAGAACAUAUUCGAAAACUAUGGAACAGCCAUCACCGCCGCUGCCAAUACUGCCUUGCCAACUUCGCAGGGCUGGGGCGCGCAUAGAAAUCAGGGAGGUCUUUAUUGGGCUACAUACAAGGCAGUCGUACGUCGCCAGGGUGUCUUUACCGGAUCUGGAGGUCUCUCCGACUUCAACGCACAGCUCGCCGAACCCAUCUACAAGCAGCUGGCCAAUGGCUGGGAGAAGGCCUUCCAGCGUCGCCUUCCGCACAUCCUGAGAGCAUGCGCCAAGGGCUUCGCGAACGACUUGCGUGCCUUCCACAAGGCCAUCGAAGUUCAAUCGUUGUCGCACGGAGACAACCCCCGUCUUGGUCUACUCGCGCAACAACUGACCAAUUACGAGGCCGUCUUCAGUGACCUUGGUAGCAAGAUGGUCGAAUUGACCAAUGAGCGUCAGCGCGAUAUUAAUCGCGAGUUCACCCCAAAUGUGUGCAACGCUAUGCUCAUCGUUUACAACAUCUGCACGGCUGAGACCGGCCCUGGUCAGUACAACAGGAUGAAGACGCACAUGACCAACCACGUCACCGCUCAGAAGGACACGAUGUUCCAAAGAGCUACUCAAGUCGUUCGUGACAUGAUCACAAACUUGAUCAAAGACGUCGAGGAGCGAAUGGCCAAUCGCACAGACGAGGUCUUUGUCGGCAUGCGCAGGGACUAUCUUCAAGUCUUGAGCAACGUUCGUGUUGACGACAUUACAAUGCCCAAGUGGGAGCGCAGUUUGAGAAGUACGAUCGAGGAGAUCAUUCAAGACAGCGAGGCGGCAUUCGCGGUCAUCAUUGAAGGAAGAGACACCAACGAGGCCGAGGCAGACGAGGCCACUGAGGGAGCUCCGGAGGACGUACAGGAUAUCGCAAAGCUGGAGAAUAUGGAGGAUAUUCCAGAGGAUAGAGCACAGAUCAAGGAGGACACCUCUGAUGAUGAUGACAACAUGGAGGAUGCACAUGCUUGAAGUGGGAAGAUUUCAGCAAAUGCUUUUCGCUUCUGCGACGAAUACUGCACGUAGCAUUUUCAAGGCUGUAUGACGGGCAUAAAAAAGAGGACUCUUACUAGCAGGGUAGCUAUAAUUCUUUACGAUGGUAUGCAUAUAAACGACAAUUGCACACGCAAAUCUGCUCU